AUUAAUCGCAUUUGCGUCCACGUACGUUCGCGUGACGCACGGGACGUCGACGCGCGGCGCCGACCUGUACCGGCGACUCGCGAUAUCCGCACGCCCUGAAAUUGACGUGCGUGCGUGCGUGCGGGCGUGCGCGCGCGCGCGCACACAUUCGCUCUCUUUCUCUCUCUCUCUCUCUCUCUCUCUCUAAGAGAGGGAGAGUUUGGUUAGACUUCGUGGACGUGAUUUUUUUUCUUGUCGCUUUCAGUGGGCGACAUUUAAAUGACAGAACUGGACCCGAGCGACGCGACUGACUUCGAAUCUGUGUCUGUUUUCUCAAUCGGAACGACUGUUUUGUCGAUCAUCGUAGAAUUCGGGUUUGCCGUAAAGAAAAGACGCAGAAAAUGUUAUACGUUCUCCUAGCUCGCAGGUUUUUUCUUUACUGUCAUUUAGUUUGGCCUUUAAUUGUAUUAUCGAGAAAGUACAUUUUAAAAAAUUUAGUUUUCUUAUUGAAAUAAUUAUGCUUAGAUUGAAAGUACUUAAAAUAUUGCAUUGUUAAUGGCAGAGACUAACAAUUUUAUGAAUUAGCAGUGGAGACCUUAACAAUGUGCUGAGCUAAAUAUAAUUGGAACUAUCUGCUUCACAAUUUGUAGGCUCAUAUUUUCAAUUCAUGUGUAUCAAUAAAUACAUAAUUUUAUUUCCGAGGUUCUAUGAUACAUGUAACAUAAACUGUAUGAUUAAAAAUUACUUAUUGAUGAAAAUAAAUUACAAAUAUACCUUUAGCUUCAUUAUUUCUAAUAAUAAGUAUAAAAAAUUAAAAAAUUUUAUAUUUAAUUUAUAUUUAUAAAAAUGUUUUAAGAACAAAUGAAUUUAUCAUUUGUUAUAGUGUAAAAAAUUUUUGUUCAAUUUUAUUUCGUCAUUCUCUUAUUAUAUUCAGGAUAAGUUUGUUAAUUACUGUAAAAAGUUGAAAAUGGAAUGUUAGAAUAUAAUUUCUAAGUUAUUUUGCAUUGAUAUCUUUCAAGUGUUAGUUAACAUAAAGCUACUCUUUUCAACAAUACUGAGUCAGAAUAAAAGAGAGAAAGAGACAAAUGAUCAAUUUGUAUUUAACUAUACAAUGUUAAUUACAUGCUUAUGGAGCUCGAGCAAAAAAUAGAAGGGGGAAUUAAUUUUGCUAAUUUAUGCUCAUCUUAUCGAACUAUCAAGCUUUUGUCACAGUUGCACAUCAUACUUUGACCAAGGUACUUGAUGUUUCGCUGACAUUACGUUGACCCGGUUCGACUCGUGCCGAGAGGAAGAGGAUCAUAUGAGACGACCGAAUGAUUAAUGCGCCUGGUCCAAGCAAACUGGCCCUGGUCGCUCAGGCUCAUGUGAACUCGGGCAAUUAGCAAUUGGCUAAUUAUACGGUUAACGAGCGAUGAAUAACGCAGUCGCGCGAAUGCGCGGCGCUUAAUUGCGCGCCGCAAAUGGAACGGCUCUUCCUUCCCAGUCGCGCAUUUUUUUUCCACGUUCCUCUUCCGCCGAAUCACGGCCAUGAACACAAACGCGGUUUUACCCCGUGUGUUUCUUACCUAAUUAAGUUCGGCCUGAGAAGGGCGAGUCGCGAAAAUGUGCGCCUUCACAAAUAUCUAUAAAAACAACCUUGAUCAUUACAUAAAGGGGCGUUUUAAAGGGUUAGCUGCUUCGUAUUUUCAUCUUCUGGCACGCGAAUGCUCUAUAUAUAAGAUACAUAUACGCUCUUUGGAAGAUAUUCAAUUUAGCUGACGUUUAUUUAUUACUUGAUAUUUCAAUUGCAUGUUGUUUAAUGACCUCCAGUUUAUUUAUUAUGGAUAUUGAAGAGGAUAUAAUGUUUAGAAUAAUUAGGAUAAUUUUUAAACAUUAAACUAAAGAAUUCUGGUAAGUUUAUGCUAAGACUAUGCUUUUUGUUUUUGUUUCAGAGAGGCAAUAUUUUCGGAAAAUGGAUACUCGAUGCAAAGCAUAGAUCCGUUGUUAACGUAACGCUUAUUUCAUCGCAUAAUAAGACGGUUAACUUUGAGAAGGAUUUGAUCGAAGAUAGAUGCGACAGUAGAGACGAUAAACUAUGACUGGCUAGAAGGACAGGCCGGAUGAUUCAGUCCCUUCUUCCUCGGUCACUGUCUCUUAAUUGCAAGAUUAGAUAGUGUUGGCUGUUUCGUUGAGAAGGAAUUCACUUGAAAUUGCUUCAGGAACUCAUGCCCGAUGAUAUUUUUCGCGUUGCCGUGAUGGAGAAGGGAUUAAAAUGAAAUGAAAACGGGUCUCUCGGCGAUCCCGUUUCUGCACGAGCGAGCUAAUCCGGACUGUCAACGCGAUCAGACACGCGAUUCGUCUCGCAGAAGUUGUUCCACCGCGCGUCGCGUGUUCGGAAGUUUCUCGCGAGCCAGGAAGAAAGCGUUCCGCGCGAGAGGAAGAGAGGUUUGUCCCCCGGAGAGUCAUGUUAGACGAGGCAACGUCAGAUGGAAAACGGUGGUUGAUAGAGCCUACUGUGUGGUAGCUGCCAUGCCAACGUACCACAAUGCGGGUGGUGGAUACCCAAAUGUGUCAGCGCCAGCGCGACAAGCAAAGCUCGACGGCAAUCAAAAUCAUCACACUAUCCCUUCAAACGUAGCGUCUCAUCCCCUUAUACAAAACAACAUUCAACAGCAACAGCAGCAGCAGCAGCAGCAUAGCGUUUCUUCCAACCUGACUGUAAAUAGCAUUCCGUCCCUUCCAGUGUCGCCAACGAUGACCACGCAUUCAAGCGUCACCACCUCGAACAUCACGACGCAUAUGAACACCACGUCUUCGCCAGUGAUUCUCACCUCGAAUGCCAUUAAUCCGGCGGCCAAUACUACUGCGUUGCCGGCUAAUCCACGACACGAAGUGAAACUGAAUGCAAUGCCAUGGUUUCAUGGGAAAAUAUCGAGGGAAACGGCAGAAAGGUUGUUACGACCACGAGAGGACGGUUUGUUUCUAGUUCGAGAGUCGACAAAUUUCCCUGGGGAUUACACGCUCUGUGUGUGCUACCAAGGGCGUGUACAACACUAUAGGGUGAAAUAUAAAAACAACCAAUUAACGAUCGACGACGAGGAAUUUUUCGAAAAUCUGGCUCUCUUGGUUGAGCAUUACGAACAGGAUGCGGAUGGUUUAUGCACGCAACUGAUGAAAUCUUUGCCAAAACAGGGCAAGCAAGAUUUCUGCGUAGACCCAAAGGCAUUCGUAGAGGCUGGAUGGGUAAUUCAGACUCACGAAUUAGAGUUAAGAGAGUGUAUUGGAAAAGGAGAAUUUGGGGAUGUGUUGCUAGGCGUUUACAGAGGGGAAAGAGUCGCGGUGAAAAUGCUGAAGGAUAACAGCGAAGCGGCACAAAGGUUUCUGGCUGAGGCAAGCUUAAUGACCUCCUUGAUUCAUGACAAUCUGGUUAAGUUACUCGGUCUCGUUUUUAAUAAUCAACACAUGUACCUGGUUACGGAGUAUAUGAGCAAAGGAUCCCUGGUGGAUUAUUUGCGGUCGAGAGGAAGAUUACACGUUUCGAAAAAGGAUCAAAUUAAUUUUGCAUACGAUACGUGUGCCGGUAUGGCGUAUCUGGAAUCCAGACAUGUUGUACAUCGAGACUUAGCGGCGAGAAAUGUUCUUGUAGCGGAGGAUAAUUCUGCCAAAGUAUCUGAUUUUGGUUUGGCGCGGGAUGAAAACUUUUCUCUUGACGGUGGAAAACUGCCGAUCAAGUGGACUGCACCAGAGGCUCUAAAACAAAACAAGUUUUCAAAUAAGUCUGAUAUGUGGAGUUUCGGAAUUCUUCUCUGGGAAAUCUAUUCCUUUGGUCGUGUGCCGUAUCCGCGAAUUCCUUUAGCCGAUGUCGUAAAGUGUGUAGAAAAAGGAUACAAGAUGGAACCACCGGAUGGAUGUCCUGCAGAAGUUUAUGAUAUUAUGAGACAGGCAUGGGAUUUACAACCAGAAAAGAGACCGAGUUUUCAUGAUAUAAAAGUAACACUCGGCCAGUUAAGAGCUGAGUACACCAAAGGCGUGAAUUAAGAAAGAAUGAAUUUAAUACAACUUAUAUAUACUUAGCGAGAACUGAAAAAGCGGGGACUGGAACGCCCGAAUAAUUUCUCGUUUUCAGGACGAAAAUAGUGAUUUUUAAUGUUUCUGUUAGAAGGGAAGUGUCAGGACUUCGAGUGUACAUUGUAUACAAAACAUAGUAUUUGCUUUACUUAUAUUUAUUGUUACUUUAGUUCUUGAAAUGUGUGGGAAGAAUUUUAAUUUUUAUAUAAUAAUAUUUUGCACACACAAGCAUUACCUAUGGUCAAUUGUGCCUUUGUCCAAGUUGAUGUUCUUGACCAGGAAAUUCAACUUGUACAUAAUGAAAUCCGAAUAGUAUUCGGGAAGAAAUCGACAGAUAUAAAAGAUCCGUAAUCUGCCUACUACUUAAUUUUCGAUAGUCACAUUAGGAAGUUUAUUAUGAUAAAAACAGCUUCGUGACUAUCAAUUGUUCCAAGUGGUUCAAGGUUAUUUUAAAUUACAGCACAAAAAAGUGACGUAUUAUAUACACUAUGUUAAAUUUAGAUGAAUUAUAACUUAUACUUUAACUAUGUUAUAUGCUAUUCACAAUCUCGUCCAUUUAGUUUUAAUCGGUUAGUAUUUCGUUUUUUGUUAAAAUUGUGUAAAAAAAUUUCAUUUGCAAUUUAUAUUGUUAUGAGAAAGUUUUGCCUAAGCAAUUAUAGUUUUAUAUUGCAAGUAAUUAAACUUAAAUGUUUAGUUGCUUAAGUUCUUUGAUCAAAGAUUUGUCGUAAGAAGUAUUAAUUUUUAACUAAAUUAUAUUACAUUACAAUAUAUACACCAUUAUUUAAGUUUUCUUAUGAAAUAUUUGACUGCAUUAGUGGUGUAAAUGUAUCUCUCUGUAAAUAUUUUUGUAUAUAAUUUAUCCAUCGAAAAAGGAUAAUAUUUCAAGAAUAAUUAAUAUUGGUUAAGAGAAGAUUGAUAUUGAUUAAUAAAAAAAAUCUUUACAUUCGAGACUAACACGUAUUACGAACAAAUGUCUAUACAAUUAUACAUAAUUGUAUCACGCUAAUAAAUAAUUCGUGAUCUUAUGGCAGCAUCAUUCUAUACCAUUCUUUUGUAUUGUUUACUUUUCAUAAAAUAUAUAUUCUGCCAAUAA